GGAUUUCAAGCCUGCAUUCACGAUGCGUUCGCGGCAUUAACGGACUUUUUCCAUCUGCUAUCCUUGCUAGUUAGUGAAUCUAAAGCUCGUGAAAUUGACCUGAAAUUUGUGCUAAAUAUUCCACGAAACAGUCGUUUUCCUAGUAAACAGACUCAAGGAUUCAAUCUGCAAUAUAUUACCGAAAUGACUCGCACAAAAAUUCGUCGGGCAGUUAGUAAAAAGCGAGGAUCUGCAGAUGAACGAACUCGCAUUGAGAACAAAAUGAGAGACUUUGAAGUUAAUGUUGAAUGUGAGCUGGCUAAUUUGGAACUUAAAUUCCGAGAUGAAAUGGAUCGAAUUCAGCAACUAAUUGAUGGAAUGAAAGCCAGAAUACCGAGAAAGCUACAAACAAUGACUAUGGACCAGUUAAAAGAAUAUAACGAGGAAGCGGAAAUAAUAGAGGCGUCUUUCUUUGGGGAUCGUACACAUAUGACGGCAAACAUGAGCGCUAUGUUGGAAAAAUCUGCCCGUAAGAAGUCAAAAGAUGACGGUUACCUUACAGAGGAAAGCGAUAAUCACGAGCGUCUGUCGACGCUGUUCUCAUCAAAACGCAUGGGACCACUGAUGUCAGCAAAGUAUCGACGAAGAAGUAAAUCUACAAGCGCAAUCAACAACUCUACCACAAAUCACAGUCUUUUCCAGUCAAUGACCGCAAAUAAAUCAGUUCUCGGGAGAGCACUAGGAACAAGUGUUACUGCUAAGGAUCGUGCCUCAAGGUCCAAAAUCAAAACGCCAAUGACAAACCGCACCAAGGCAAUCAGUGUUGACCGUAUGUAUGGCCCCAUUACACCCAAAGUGCACCCGAACUCUGCGAUGGCCAUAAUUCGUCAUGCCAGACUGGGAGAGUGUGUCUACUCAAUCACGGGCAGUCCGGUUAUCACUGCAAACAUGCUUGAGUCGACUGCUAACGUGAACAUUCCGGUGGCAAAUGGAAUGUUGGCUAUUCGACCGACCGAGAUGGACUCGGUUGAUCCAGCGAUUGUGGGAAAAAUUGAUCCUAAUGUGCUGAGUGAGCUAAAACAGUUGCAGGAGAAUCUAAAUGUGAUCAUGCGAACACUCAAACUGUGAACAACUAUGCCAUUUUUAUGCUUUUUAUUUUUAGAGUUUACCUCUUUAUCGCCAACAAAUAUGAAACGAACAGUUAGAUAUAACAAUUGAUUGUAAUUUUAGAAGUUUGGGGAGUUUUCUCCAAUUUGUUCAUAAAUUGUUCUUAAUUUUGUGACGAACUUUGGUGAAAUACAUAUUUUUCAAUUUCUUUUAAAACCAGGAACACCCCUACGCAAUUUGAAACAAUUUUUUUGCAAAGAAAAUGUUCAUACUUUUGUUUCUAAAGACACAAAUGUUACUACUACGGCUACGUUCACACAAACAUAUCAAAAGUGGUGAAUCAUAAUAAGGAUGGCAAAAGCAAUUAAUGGGAUCAAAAUUCAUCAUUUUUACAAUAUCCAGGAAAAAUGUCCACUAUUUUGUUGAUCAUGCCGGACAUAUGCCCCGUAAUUUUCCAGUCACUACUGAUGGUAAAAUCGACCCGCUUUCUUCGAGUGUUUUUAAUCAUUAUUUCAAUAUAUAGAAAUUGUUAAGUUGUCCCCGGGCUGCAACGGCCUUUGUAGUCAACGAAUUAAAAGCAUCUCUUAGUCCGCAAAUAUGCAUUAAAAUAUACAAAUCGUACUGAGUUUAAA